AUGAUCCCCCAAACCGCGCCCCGCAGCACCCUCGACCCGGAAGUGCAAGCCUUCCUCACCCAAAACCCGACCCUCCGGCUCUCGGGCCGCGACAUCUUCCAAGAACGACGCCACCACGUCCAGACCUUCAGCCUGCGCAACAUCCCCACAUCAAAACAGCCCUCAAUCCUGCACGUCGAGCACGCCGCCAUCCCGCCGGGCCGCACGGCACCAUCCCCCUGCGCAUCCUCCCUCAUCUACUUCCACGGGGGCGGGUACACCGUCGGCAGCGGCGACGACUUCGAGCCAGGCUGCCGCCUCCUCGCCGAAGCCGCCGGCAUCCAGAUCUACCUGGUCGAGUACCGGCUGGCACCGGAGUGGACGUACCCGACGCAGCUGGACGAGUACGACGCGGUGAUCGACUGGCUGCGCGGGGAGGGCGGGCAGGCGCGCCACGUCGACCCGGACCGGAUCUUCGGGGGCGGGGACAGUGCCGGCGGGAACAUGACGGCGGCGGUUUCGCUGCGCCGUGCGGACAGGAAACUGAAGGGGUUGGAUGGGUUGGUGCUGCUGUACCCCGAGGCAAGGUUGCCGUUCGAUACGCCCGCCGCGGUGGAGAAUAAUGACGGGGCGGGGUUGUAUUUGGAUUGUAACGUGAUCUUCAACUUCGCGGCCAACUACAUCCCCGACGGGGUGGCGCCGUCCAGUCGGUAUAUCUCCCCGGGGAUGCAACCGCCCGACCAGCUGCGGGGGCUGCCGCCGGCCAGGGUGUAUACGUGUGGCUUCGAUCCGCUGCGGGAUGUCGGGGUGGAGUUCGCGAGCAAGCUCCAGGCCGCGGGUAAUGCGGUCGUGUGGCGGCAUUAUGCGGAGCUGUGUCAUGGGUUCUUGCAGAUGGCGCCGUGGAGCGAGGCGGCCAUGCGGGCGUUGAGGGAGGUGGCGCGCGAUGUGCGGGCGUUGGCGGAGGGGCGGAGCAGUGGGGAUGGAAAUGGGCAGAGCUCAGGAUAG